CUGUUGAAGGCAAAGAUGAAAUAAGUUCAAAAACAAAACCAAAAGUUCCCCAACUUGUAAAGUUUGAUCGGAGAUGUCGUCGGCGCAAAUGGAUCCACACGACAAGAUGAGAUCUCGCGACUUGAGUAAAGUCGCGAGAGGCCAGCAAGCACCAAGACCAGCUCACGCUCCCGGCACGGUAUCGCCGCCACCGCAAAACGAGGCAACUUUUCGUGCUAAGAGAGGAGAGGACGGUGGACAAGAGAAAGAUUCGGAGGCGGAUGAGCGGUCUCCGGUGACUAAUGAAACACGACAUUGUUUCAAUCGAUACAUGCAAUACCAUAAGUGUAUUGAGAAAAAUGGAAGAGAUGCUAAUGAUUGCAACAACUUAAGAGAUUAUGUGCGUUCAAUGUGUCCCGAAGAAUUGGUGAGCAAAUCUUGGUGGAAAAAUGGGAGAAACAGAGAAAAUCUGGGACAUUGCCAUCCUCAGUAUGAAGACUGGAUUAUAUAUAAUUAGAGUUGUUUACUUUGGUCGCUGUGUUGAUGAUCUAUAAUACUUAAAACCAAAACCAGUGAUAAAUUAAAUAACCAAUUAAAUUAAGUCAUGUCUAAAGACUAAAACCAUAUUUUUGUGUUAAUCUUGAUCUGUCUUGAGAA